AUGGUGGAGACUACGGCAAUCAGGGAGUGUAACGCGCGCUUCGCCAGUGAGCAACAUGCAGGACUCGUCUGCGUCUUCGCUGGUGCCACGAGCGGCAUCGGCGCCAGCACGCUCGAGAGGAUGGCACUUAUGCUGCAUGCACCAACCUUCUAUGUCCUCGGGAGAUCAGCGGCGCGUUUUGCAAGCCAGCAUGCGAAGCUAGAAAGCCUCAAUCCAAGCUGCAAAGUUGUGUUUCUUGAAGCUGAGGUCUCACUACUCUCCAAUGUCGAUUCCGUGUGCAAGCAGAUCACGGCUGCUGAGCAGAAGGUGGAUUGCUUAUAUAUGAGCCCUGGCCUGAUCCCUCUGAACGGACCACAAUGUACGUGUCCCCAGGUCCUGAACCUUCAAACGCUGACAGGUCGCGUAGACACGAAAGAGGGCCUUGAGACAUGCUUCGCGAUUUCAUACUACUCCAGGAUGCGGCUCGUGUGGAAUCUUCUGCCACUCCUUCGUCAGUCACCGCAGCCGCGAGUGCUGACCGUGCUUAACGGAGGCAGAGAGAAGUCCAUGCAUGAUGAAGACAUCUGUCUUGAGCAGCACUGGUCCCCGCUCGCAGUCGUUAACCACUCCACCACUAUGACCAGCCUGGCGUUUGAGCACUUAGCUGAGAAUGAUAAGCAGAUAACCUUCUUGCACGCCUUUCCUGGUUGGGUGAGGACAGACAUCUUCGCCCGGCUGACUGCGCCAGAGUCAUCUGGAGUAGCAUGGAGGGUAACGCUGGCAGCAAUCCGCGGCCUUGUUGCUGUGGUGAUGUUGAUUUUUGGCAUGUCGGCGGAAGAGAGUGGCGAGAGACAAGCCUUUCACCUGACCAGUGACAGAUACAGUCCAGGCGCUUGGCGCAUCAGCCCCAAAAGUGACCAAAUCUCCGCACCCGGCGUGCUGGAACAAUAUAGAGAACGCGGAUGGCCAGAAAAAGUCUGGGAGCACACUCUGCGCGUCUUCGACAAAGCCUUGGCCAUAGGUAGUGAUAGUGUGGUGAACUAA